AAAGGUUAAGCUUGAAGUCUGUUUCGCACAUCAGCUAUCGCUCACAACGGCUUGAUGGGAAUUUGAUUCAGUCCUAACAAAGGGGAUUCAUCUUCGAUAUUCCUUUAUUGAUCCAUCAUCUAAAAAGAAAAAUGGAUUUAAGGCCUAAAGGAUCUGCCGCCGUUUUCAUUUUGCUGGGUAUUUUUGCACUCAGCAGGUACAGUGAAGCUCAAAAUCUUUGCUCGACUCCGGGUAAUAUACCGGUAAUUUUUAUUUCGGAAAACAACGCUCCUGGUGCCGUAGUUACAACACUCACCGCUCAGGAUGGGGUAAAUGCUGCCAUCACUAGUCAAAAUCCAGUGGGUCUCUUUAGCCUCAAUGGAUACGAUCUUAUUGCUGAUACUAUGCUGGAUUAUGAGACAUUUGACCCGAGCACUCCUUAUGACGUGAAUAUUGAGUGUACAAAAACUGGCUUUACCUCUACCAAACUGAAUGUGAAAAUAGCCGUUGAGGAUGUAAAUGAUAAUCCACCAGCAUUCAGUCAGAGUCAAUUCACACUAAACGUUGAUGAGCUGUCAAAAGUGGGUACCAGUGUUGGCCUAAUCACAGCAACCGAUCCUGAUAAAAGUGAUAGACUUUACUACCGAAUGGAUCCUGAGGGAGAAUUUGGCCUGGAGUCCAAUUUCAAUCCCAACAUUCUGGUGAGAGAACAUCUGGAUUAUGACAAAAUUAAACAAGUCACAGUGACGCUAUAUGCGCAGGACACACCGCUUGCAUCUAUAGCUGAAGCCUCCUACACUGCUACAACCACAGUUGUAGUCAAUAUCAUAGACAUUGACAAUCGUCCGCCGUGGUUCCAGCCCUGUACAGAACAUGACUUUGGCACAAGCAAAGUAUGCGUGAACUCUGGUUAUGAAGGGACUGUCAACUUGAAUGAGGCAUCGACAGAUCCUUUGGUCUUGAAGCCAGGUCCACUCUACGCCAUUGAUGGUGACAAAGGCAGGAAUGAGCCCAUUCGUUAUGAAUUUCUUACAGGAAAUCAGGAUGGUAUAUUUGUCCUCAAUACUGUCACCGGGAGCAUCACAGUGCCAAACCCAGUAACUCUAGCAGGACCGUUUGUCCUUACAGUCAUGGCAUAUCAGAUGAAUAACCCUGAUCAGUUUGCCACCACUACAGUCAUCCUGAAGGUGGUGGAAUCUAGCAAUUUCCCUCCGACUUUUGAGAAGCCCAGUUAUAAAGGCUUUAUCUCAGAGGAUGCGGGUGUGGACAGCAUGGUGCUGGAGAGCAAAACGUCCACCAAACCCCUCAGAGUAAAGGCUACAGACAAAGACUUUUCUGAUGGGUAUAAUCCUAACCUUAGAUUUGAGGUUGUAGACGGCUCCGACUUCUCAAUUACUUCAGAGGGUUUCAUACUAAUGGCGAAGGAGGUUUCUCCAGGCACUCUAAAUUUAGAAAUGAGGGUGGUUGACACAACCAACGAUGAAUCAAGCACCGCAACUCUAGCAAUUGAGGUCACACCAGGGGUUCCCACUACCACUCCUGCCACAACUACCAUGACUUCUUCCAUUAAAACAACAGAAACACCAGUUAGCACCACUAAAACAAAGCCAACAGGCACCACUGAAACCGCCACGGCCACCACCACCACCAUGUUGCCCCCAGAUUCUGUCACAACUACAGGGGGACAGCAGGUGAACGCAGGUUCAGGUGAGUUCAGUUCAGCCCAUAUGGCGGCUUUAGGGGGCUCUUUGGCCGUGGUUAUCGUUAUCUGCUUGGUUUGCAUUGCACUAUUGAUGCACCGCAUCAAGGACCAUAACACCGACUGGAAGAAGAUUUCGGAGGCUGGAGUCUUCCGUAGCAAACUUGAUGGAGGCUCUAAAGAGGGUGUGCAGUACAGCAAUGAGGGUUUCCAGCACGAUGGUGAUUCUGGAAGUGUGAACAGCUUAGCUGCAGACCUGGAGAACAAACUGGAGUCUGGGCUGAAGCCGCAGGAGAAGGCGAUUACCAGCGUCACUCUCCAAACCACCAGCAGCACUCCACCCGACUCCAGCAGCCUGGCUGGUUCAGAAACCACCGACGGCGAAAAGGAAGUCAAACCCAUCCUGACCAAAGAACGGCGCAAUGAGGAGGGAUACAAAGCGGUUUGGUUUAAAGAAGAUAUCGAUCCCAACACCAAAGAGGAUGUGGUCAUCAUUCCCAACGCUGGCGAAGCGGAUGAAGACCACGAGGAAGAUGAUGACACUGAGGAUGAGGACAACCUAAGAACUGAUAUGGAUUCGGAUGACGAGGAAGGGAAAACGUCAGAUUUGUAGACCUCAGAUUGGUUCUCCAAUGCAGCAACUGCAAAACACAAGGACUUGAGUUUAACUCAAAUGUUUGACACUUUAGUACAGUAGGAAUUUUAAAAGAUUCAUUAUAAGUUAGUUAAUUUCUCUGUUCUUAAGUCUACAUAUUCCUAGUCUUUCAUAUUCCUUUUUGUUAACAAGUCUGUAAAUAUUUACACAUUUUGUGUAAAUAUGGUGCACAAAAUGAAUAUAAUUUUCAGUUUCUACCUUGCUUUCUAAAUAUAUGUUUUGGAUUUUUAAUUGUAAUAUUGUAAAGAAAAAAAUAAAUUAAUAAAAAUCAAACUUUUUCAGUAUCACUCAGAAAUACAUUAAAUUAUUGAAGUAAUAUGGGCUGUGAACUGGGUUUCACAUUGACUGUGCUGUGUACAAAAAUACUUUUAUUAAUAGUAAAUGAAAAUAUUUUUUUUACUAUGUUAAUUAUUUAAUGUCAGGUUUUUUUUUUUGAAAUUAAUUCACUGUAAAACAUGAGAGAAAAAAACAGAAUAAACAGCAGUUAAUUAUA